AUGAGCAUAUCCACUCAAGAGCAAGUUACAGCUAAUGGCGCAACUAUAAGUGGGGUGCAGCAACGAGACAGCUUGUAUUCACACACAGAAUUUUCGCUCAAAGAGUCCCCUGCUGUACUUCACCAAGAGGACGGAGGAGAAAUUCCAGAGGAGUUCAAUAUGACUGACGCGACCGAUAUUCUGCGGAGUACAGAAGCUCCUGAAAUAAAGUUCAGACGAUUGGAGAAAGCAUACUUGGAGCUGAUGCUUAUGAAUGAGCAGCUCAUUAACUAUCUUAAGAAAUCUAAAUCGACCAUACAGCGGCUGAAAAAGAUUAGCAGGACUGUCGAAACGGUUUGCAGCGCAGAUGGGUAUGGUAAGAAAGAGUCCAAGGCAAUCGACAGCAUGUUACGUCUUCUUUCAGAGUCUUGGAUGGAGCGGAACAUUAACAGAGAGUGCGGUGAGCUCCAAGAUCUUGUUGUUUUGUUAGAGGCAACCUUAGCCGAAAAUAGAACAUUCAAGAGCUCAGCAAAGUCUUUGGCACAGGAGAUGGUAGAAAAGAACAGUGAAAUUACUGAGUUACAGUCUCAGCUGGGCCGACUCAAGGAAGCCCUAGUAGCUACUCAGACUGCCUCAGAUGGGUCAAGCAAAGAAGUCAGUGAUCUGAGGACACAGCUGGAAGGUCUUCAAAAGCUAUAUGCGGCCAAUGUGGAGCAAACACGUCUGCAAGAUGCGCACAUAGAGGCCAUUGCGCAGGAGUACAAGGAGAACAUGGCUCGCUUGGAAGAUAAAAUCUGUACCUGCUCUGCUGAUGUGGCUCGUUUGACAGAAGAACGGGACGGUCUGAGACAACAAAACGAAGCUCUACUAGCUGACGUGGACGGACUGCAAACCAAAAUCAUCAAUGCGAAAAGUAACGUCCAGCUUCUGCUAGCCCAGCAAGACGGGGAAAUUGAGCGCCUAAAGGCAGAGAUUGAAAGCCAGCUACCUCUGCAAAAUGAAUACGAGCUCCUUAUGACUAAAUAUCAUGCAAAGGAGAAGGAUAUAGAUGCUCUCACUAUGCGGGUGGUGGAGCUGGAGCGGCUUUUAGAAUCAAAUACGAGCACAUAUGAAGAGCGCCUCAAGGGGGCAUUCAAAACAAUUGCAGAAGAUAGAGCUCGUUUAGACGCUCUUAGCUUGGAGGUUCUUCAUACUCAGCAAGAGCUUCAGACUGCUACACUCAAGAACACCUCUUUGGAGGCAAAGCUACAUGCAACAGAGUCUCAGCUGAGUGAGAAGGCAAUAGAAUUUAAGAAUGAAGCAGCCAAUCACAAGCAGGUCCUUACUAUAUUGGAGGAACAGCUCAAAUGCUCAGCUGCAGAGGUACAUGCCCUACAACGUGAAAAGAAAGCCGUUGAGGUAGAAGCGAAUACCACGAAGGAACUUUUAGAACAAGCACGAAAUGAACUUGCCAGUCGUUUAUCAGAAAUUGCUGUCCUCACACAGAAACUCGAGCAAUCGUCGAAUGAUUUAGUGGUAACAGAACGUAUUAGAGACUCCGAAGAUGAAACUAGUAGGAAGCGUAUUGCCGCAUUAGAAAAGCAGCUCCAGGAGAUCCUAACCGUUAAGGGUGCCUCAAAUUCCAUGAUAUGUGACCAUCAAUUUAAUCGUUCGGAACAGCCGGCAGACCUCUACACAGCUGAGACCGCCUCUUGUACAUCAACAGCACUCGCACCAACUUCAGAUACUGGAAACUUGCAGGAAGAGAGUAGGGAUAGAUUGAUAGAAAUCAUCGCUAGGUUAACCCUUGAACUUGCAGGGGCAAGAAAUAUCAAGGCUCCUGCACAACAAGAUUAUGCAUCUCUUGAUCCCGCCACUGCAGCAGUCGUAGCAGGCCUCGCCUUGCAACUUGAUUCGGCUGAAAAUAGCAUUAACGCACAUAAGAUUCAUAUAGAGUCUCUUAUAAGUGAGAUCACUAAGCUUCGAGGAGAACUUUUGGAGACUGGAGACGCGUUAUCUGAACAAGUGACGAGCUCUCAAAAACUUUCAAAGCGAGGAAUGUGUGGCCAAAUGAUCCUGAAGAAGAGCCGCACCAUAAAGUCUAGAGCGUCCAGUCGCCGGGGCUCUGUGGCAAGUGUUGAUCACUCAGACGCAGAGCUCUCGACUUCAGACCCCGGGGAAGGAGAUGCUGUCACUAAAGCCCGCAAAUUCCUUGAUGCUAAAGAUGCCAAAGACUUCGAGAUACAAAAGCUCAAGGAUAAGUUGGUAAUUACAGAAGAACAUGUUAACAUUGCACAACUUACAAUUCUAGCCAAAGAUAAAGAGCUUACUACUCUAUGGGAGAAAUAUAAGUCUCUGAAGGAGCAGAUGGAAAUUUUGUCUACAAAUUAUAGUCGUCUGAUAGAGCAGCAUGAAAAGACAGUAUCUAAUAAUACUCGUAAGAUGGCGCAGCAAGCUAAGGAUAACAGCGUGCUUCUCAAAGAGAUUGAUCUACUAAAGGCAGAGAUCAACUCCCUGGUACAGGCUAAUGGCGCUACCAUCACAAGCGGGGUCAUCGCUUCUCCUGCUGGCACUGGGCUACCACCGCGACAAGUGUUGUCUCCUUCCACAUCCAGUAUGCGUACACACUUGCAACGGAGCCUUCACAAGAGCCAUGCAGACGACGCCUCUGUAGAUGAGAGUAGGCAGUAUUCUAUGAGUGUCGAUGAUGGGACAGCGUCCCACUUAGAAGAAGAUGACUUACCCUUGCCCGUAUUUCCAGCUCCUGAUCCUGAUAGUAAGCCGUAUGUAGAUGCCCCAAGAAGAGUAGUGAAGGUGGAACAAUCUGGCUCUAGCAGGGUUUUAUAUGAGGAUGUGGAGCUCAGUGAUAGUGAUGACUACGAGCUAGUCAAUAUAUAUUCUGAUCUGACGGUUAUUGAAGAAGAGCUUCUUGGUAUGAUCACUAUUUGUGGCAGCACACUUUGUGAAGACGACCAAUAUCAAAGUCAAGAGUAUAGCACAGCGGCCUCUACUACGCAGACGCUGAGAAGAGAGGCCACACUUUGCUCGCCAGAACAAUCCAUCGAUAGACCACACUCCUUGGAAGAAGGUGGCGAUGCGGUGGUAGACAAUCCUGAGCUUAACAAGGCCUUUCAGGACAUCAAGCUCUUAAAGCGGAACAUAACGCGCUACGCUCUUGCAAAAGAAAAGCAGAUCAGAAAGCUAUCUCAGCAGCUUGAGCAGCCACUCUCUUCUCCCGUUAGUGUAACUAACACAGACAAGUCUGGCACUACACCUAACACCACCUCUGAAUCAGCCAAGCUUCGUUUACAGGUCGCCAUGAGGCCAGACCAGACCGCCGAUCUUUCAUUCCUUCAAGCCACUGUUAUCCGCUUGGAGGAAGAAAAGUCUGUUCUCAGUGAUAACUACAACAAUAUGGAGUGCAUAACCAAAGAGCUGAUGAAGACGCAGGCUAGUCAAGAAAAAUUGAUAGACUCGCUUAACGAAGAGGUUCUUACCUUGCGGCAACGACUAAAAGAGCAGUCUGAUACCAUUAUUACAAAAACAGAGACCAUAGAAAGCCUAACUGAAUGCAUAAGUCGUCACGGAGAGGAAAUUCAGCAGAUAUCUACCACUGUUGUCAAAGAACGUGACGCAUUGAUAGAAGCUAUGAAGGGAGAACUAAUGACCAAGGACGACGAAAUACGGUGUAUGCAAGAAACAAUUGCCGCUCUUGAAAUGUCUCAUCGGGUCCCAUCAAGUGGUCUAUACCAGGACACCUGCAUACACGAUGACGACCAGCCCAGUAUCAGAAAGGCACGCGACACAUAUUAUGUCUUAAAGGCAUCAGUAGAAAAAAUGAUUCGUGAAAAGACAGAAAGUAUGGACUCGAUUACGCAUAACAUUAUCGACUUGCAAUCUCAAGUAGCACGAAUAUUCAGCCGUGAAAAAAUCACCGUAGACGGGUUGCUGCGUGAAAAGAGAACUCUUCAGACAGCAUUUGAUUCUAUUAUAGCAGAUCUACGUCGUGAACAGUCAAGCUUCCUGGAUGCUAACGAGCUUGACGCUGGCGAAGAUACAGCGAUCUUCUCCGUAGAGAAUUCCGGCACAUUGCCGCUGAAAGGCUCGAAAUUGCAGCAAAAACCAGAUCCAUCGCUCAGCAAUCUAAGGGAAUCUAAACUGGCUAUUGAGAUGGGUCUUCAAACGUCAACACUCACGAGUAGCUCGCUAUCUCCUCACAGUACGGAGAACAUUCAUCGCUCCACUUCUCCUCUUAGAUCCUCAACUGUUUCAGAGGUAAUUGAAAGGUGUACGGGCCCAACGUCCCAAGACGUCCUCCCUGGGACCGAUGAACAUGCUACCUCAGCAAGCCUCGCUAGCGAAGCAGAAGUAGAGGUGCACAAGCUCAGGAAAGAGAUUUCCAUAGCAAAAGCAGACAUAGAAUUGGCGUCACAAGAACAUGAAGCUGAGGUUCGGCGUCUGAAGUCUAAAAUACAAGGAUUGCAAGCGGAACUGCUCGAAACCGAGGAAGCACACGAGCAGGAGAUCAGCAAACUUCGAAAUCUCGUAGCAAGGCUAAGAGAAGAAAGAGCAAACAUGUUAGAAACGCAUGCAGCAACCUCUGCUCUCCCGAUUACCGCUAGACCACAAGAAACUAUCUGCGAUAAAUGCAAGGACUAUGAUGCUUUGUUGUCCAAGCUUGCAAAUGCUGAAGCUGAGCUUUCUGUUGCUCAAGACACGAUUCAAGAAUUAAGAAAGGAAGAGUCUGCUUCCAUGAGCAGAAGCAUACUGGCAACUUCGUCACUGAUGUACGAGCGAGACAUUGAUCGAGUAAGAGAACAAUAUGAGCAGGAAAUAGAAGCUCUGCAGCGGCAAGUCCGACAGUUAUCCAAAGCACUUGAAGAGCAGAAGAAGGAGUUUGAAGCAGAGCUGGAGAAAAUGUUGGCCGAAGUGACGGAAGCUCGAUCAUCAUCAAGUACAAUUGUUGCAGAAGCUACUGCUGCACAGUUGGCUGAAACAACCGCUAUCAUUGCCGCUAUGGAGAAUGAGAAUAAGACGCUGGCAGAUCUCAACAUCAGAUUGAACAAUGAGCGGCAAGAUUUGCUGAGGCAGCUGAGCGAAAAAGAUGAUAAGCUAGAAGCUCUACGGAAAAUGUCUGGAGGCACAGACGAUGCCAGUGUGGUGACUCUUAAGUUGCAGCUCAAGAGUGCGCAGGAGAAAAACAAGCUUUCUGAUAGGCGAAUUCUAGAUCAGAGCAGUGUCAUUUCUCAGCUACGUGCAGAAAACGAAAGACUACGACGAGCAGCUGUGUCUGCAGGUAAAGGAGACAAACUAGAGAACGAGCGUUUAAAGACGGAACUGAUCCGUGUCCAAAACACCCUUGAGCGUACGAUAAAGGGGAUGAACGAAGAGGCACAGAACCUACUUUCGGAGCUUGCAAUGCUACGGGCCGAACACACACUAAUGAAGCGAGAAACUACUGGUGAGAUCGAUCGACUGAAGAAAGAACUAGCUGCAGUAAAGGCACAACAUGGAGCCUCUCAAAAGCAAGCAAAUAUCCCUGUGCUUCCAGACUUAGAUAUGGCAGCAAAGAGAGCUAUGUUUGAGCUUUCCGAAGCGGGCGGGUGUUCGCUAAGCGGCCCCGCCAAAGAAGACUUCAUGAUCUCCGCUAACGUAACGGACACUGACAUAUUGACCAGUAAGUUGGACAAAGUAAUUUUAGAAAUAACAAAUGCGAUAGAAACACGGAACACGCUCAUGGAGACUCUUAGGAAUAAUUACGGAAGCACUGGCCUUUCGGAAAAACCGACAGAAUUGUGUGAAUAG